UAAUUCAGGUCCGAGGUCCUCUUAAAGAGAGUGAGGAGGCAUUUCUUAAGUCUCUCUGGGAGCUGUGUUUGGAGUUCAGGUCUGACGGGUGAGGAUCGGGGCUCAGAGACAGGACAGAUCGACAGAAACAAGAUGAAGACUCUGACACUGGUGCUGCUGGUUUGGACUUUUACAUCUGCCACAGCGAAGCCAAGAUCUCAGUUCACCCGUUAUCGCUCAUGGAACUCACGGAUGUAUCCUGUGUGGAAAGACGGAGAUCCACGAUUCAGGAACUGCUGGACUGGUGGUGAAGUGACCUUCGAUCUGAAAAAUGAUGCCCCCACCCUGACUGGAGCAAGAGCCACCUUCAAUAUAAAUCUGAAUUUCCCCCCAAAUCAGACAGUUCUCUCAGACGGGCAGGUGGUGUGGGCACAGAACUGCACUGUCAAUGGACAACAGUAUCAGGCGGGCCAGGCUGUGUAUCCUGAUCAGGGUCCUGUAGGGACUGGCGUUUUCCCUGAUGGUACACCGCUCAGAGCAAGAAGCCAAGACAGGAAACCCCGAUAUGUGUUUGUGUGGAAAACAUGGGGUCGUUAUUGGCAGGUUUCAGAUGGUCCGUCAUCCUCACUCACCAUCGCAACAGAUAACGUGGCCUUGGGCUCCUACAACAUGGAAGUCGUCAUCUAUCACUGCCGUGGGCAGGACAAGUUCAUCCCUCUGGGCUACGCCUCCACAGUUUUCACCAUUACAGACCAGGUUCCCUUCACUGUAUCACUCGCCCAAGUCAAUGAUGUGAACCAGGACGAUCAGAGCUUCAUCCAGAACAGAGCCAUUGCCUUUAACGUUAAGCUACAUGACCCCAGCCAGUACCUGAGCAGCGCUGACAUCAGCUUCAGCUGGGACUUUGGUGACAACACUGGGACCCUGAUCUCCAGGGAGCGUACAGUCACCCACACAUACCUCUCACUCGGCACCUUUAAACCUCAGGUUGUCCUGAUGGCAAGCAUCCCUAAUGGCUGUGGAAACCCCACUGCUGCUCCAGGAGUAGUUGUGAUCACCCCGGCAGCUGCUGUCCCAGCAGAUGAAGGAGAUGUUCCUGCAUCUGAUGCCACUGCUAUUGAUGCAGCUGUACAGCCGGCAGAAGAAGCCACCAUUACAGAGGAUGGAGCAGUGGUUGUUAACACAGACACAGAGGGAGCCGAGGUUGCUCCAGUUGCUCCUGCAGCUGCAGAGUUAGAUGUUGUUGCAGAGGAAACAGAUGCUGCUGCAGGUGAAGCAGCUGUUGCCCCUGCAGCUGAUGAAACUGCAGCUGCUGCUGCUGAAACUGCCGCUGUUGCAGAUGAAAAUGCAGUUGCUGCUGAUGAAACUGUAGUUGCUGCCGAUGAAACUGCAGUUGCUGCCGAUGAAACUGCAGCUGCCGCCGAUGAAACUGCAGCUGUUGCAGAUGAAACUGCAGCUGUUGCAGAUGAAACUGCAGCUGCCGCCGAUGAAACUGCAGCUGUUGCAGAUGAAACUGCAGCUGCCGCCGAUGAAACUGCAGCUGCCGCCGAUGAAACUGCAGCUGUUGCAGAUGAAACUGCAGCUGCUGCCGAUGAAACUGCAGCUGUUGCAGAAGGAGAAGGAGAAGAGGCAGUUGAAGCUGUAGUCACAGUUGUUCCAGUUGCAGUAGAGGAACCUGCUGAUGCUAUUGAUGCGGCAGUUGAUACUGCAGAAGCUGAUGCUGCUGCUGCUGAACCCGCUGCUGACACGGUUGAUGCUGCUGAUGCUGUUGCAGAAGUUGCUGAAACUGAAGCAGAAGUCCCUGCUGAUAAUGUUGUAGCUGCUGCUACUGAGGCCACACCUGUAGAAGAAGCAGCACCAGCUGAGGCUGCAGCUGAAACUGAGGAUGAAGUACUGGAGACAGAGAAUGUGGUUGCAGCUACUGCAGCUGCUGCAGAGCAACCUGCAGAAGGUGAAGUUCAAGCAGAGGUAGAAGCAGAACCUGCACAGGUUGCCCUAGUUAUAGCUAAAAGACAAGCACCAGAGCUGACAGCUGACUGCAUGGUGUACCGGUAUGGGUCCCUCGCCACCUCUCUUGAUAUUAUCCAGGGUAUUGAAAGUGUUGAGAUUGUCCAGAUGUCAAAUGUUGUAUCAAUGGCCACUGAGCUGGAUCAAAACGCUGUGGAUGUCACCAUUAGCUGUCAAGGAAGUCUGCCAAGUGAAGUCUGUACAGUCAUUUCAGAUGCAGACUGUAUCACACCAGUGGAAACAGUCUGUAAUGUAGCCACACCAUCUCCAGACUGUCAAAUGAUCCUGCGUCAAUUCUUCAAUGACACUGGAGUAUUUUGCAUUAAUGUCUCCUUGACCAAUGAUGUCAGUCUUGCUAUGGCGAGUGCCAGAGUCAAUGUUGCAUUAGCCUCUGGUGGUUCCCCAGCUGGAACUGCAGCCACAGUCCUGGGUGUUAUGGUCCUUGCCUGUGUUGUCUGUUGUAUCAGUCUGAUGUAUAGGCGGUUCAAGCAGUACCAGCCGCUCACAGAGGACAACAGCUUCAGUAAUGGAGGGAGCUCAUCAGUAACGUCUGUGCCUUUGCUGUUGUGGAACCUGCUGAGCCGACAGUCACCAGGAGAGAGUCGUCCACUGCUUCAGGGAAGGAUUGUGUGAAUAUUUUUGUCUGCAAAAGCUGCAACACCUGCCAAUAUGUCAGUUUUGUACACAUUAUUCUCUAACUGUAGUAAGACUGUGACUCCCAGUCAAGGUGUUAAACCAAUAUAAUUAAGUGAAACGUUAAGUAAAAUGGCCCUGUGCACAACUGUAUUAAGGAAUAGAAGAAAGACAGAAGUGUAAAAAGUUGUAAUAAAAAUACAGAAACAUUUUUAGUGGAAGGUGAUAUUUAUUUUGACCUGCAUGUUUUUUUUUUGUUUUUAUUUUUUGUUUUUUUUAUUAAUUGGCACUGACAUGACUAACUCUCUAAUUUAUGGCCUAUUAAACUAAAAAAUUGGAAAAUGAACAUUUCAGUUUAAUUCCUUUAUACUGUAAUUUAAGAUAUCUUACAACACAAAACUUUGCCACAUUUGCUGCCUUUAAAGUAAUAAAAUCUAACUUUACCACCA